UGUGUGUGUGUGUGUGUAUGUGUGCGUGUGUGUGUGGGGUGCGCGCGCAGUGUAGGUGUAAACUGGAGAGAACGCAGGACGGGAGGCGGACGCGCUGUGAAAGCUCUACAGAAAUGGACGGCAUCAGUGAUGUUGCAGUUGGCGUGAAGAGAGGAUCAGACGAGCUGAGUAUGUACAACAGUCCCAACUCUGGCAUGAGCAGUAUCAGCGAUGGUGCUUCAAAUGGCAGUGACAGUAAAAAGCUCAGGGUGGAGGAGGCCCCUCCAUCUCGUGUGCUCCACAUCAGGAAGCUUCCCAACGAGGCCUCAGAGACGGAAGUCAUUGCCCUCGGCUUGCCUUUUGGCAAAGUCACCAACAUCCUCACACUCAAGGGAAAGAACCAGGCCUUCUUGGAGAUGGGGACAGAGGAGGCAGCCAUCACUAUGAUUAACUACUACACCACAGUAACUCCUCAUAUCCGCAAUAUCCCCAUCUUUAUUCAGUACUCCAAUCACAAGGAACUCAAAACUGAUGCUGGAAAUCAGCGGACCCAGGCAGUGCUGCAGGCGGUGUCAGCAGUCCAGUCUGGCGGCUCACCAAGCUCAGACGUUCAGGAUGCCCUCGCAGCAGCCUCCAGUCCUGUGCUGCGUAUCAUCAUCGACAACAUGUUCUACCCAGUAACGCUGGAUGUGCUGCAACAGAUUUUCUCCAAGUUUGGCACAGUUAUGAAGAUAAUCACAUUUACAAAGAACAAUCAGUUCCAGGCCCUUCUACAGUUCAGUGAUCCUGUUAAUGCACAGCAGGCAAAACUGGCAUUGGAUGGUCAGAACAUAUACAACUCGUGCUGCACACUGCGUAUCGACUUCUCCAAGUUGGUUAACCUAAAUGUCAAGUACAACAAUGAUAAGAGUCGUGACUACACACGACCUGAGCUUCCUGCUGGUGACGGACAGCCCAGCCUCGACACCACGGUGGCAGCUGCCUUCAGUAAAGAUUCCAAUUCUCUCCUCGGUAAGAUCCCAGGAGCCCUGAGCCCUCUGAGCGCAGCAGCAGCGGCAGCUGCUGCUGCAGGGAGGGUGGCCCUAGCUGGACAGACAGGGUCCAGCGGGGUCCUGCUGGUCAGCAACCUCAACGAGGAGAUGGUUACGCCCCAAAGUCUGUUUACCCUCUUCGGAGUGUACGGUGAUGUCCAGAGGGUGAAAAUACUCUACAAUAAGAAGGACAGCGCUCUCAUUCAGAUGUCAGACGCCAACCAGGCCCAGCUGGCAAUGAGCCACCUGAAUGGUCAAAAGGUGUAUGGGAAGAUCAUCCGAGUGACCCUGUCGAAGCAUCAGACGGUGGCACUGCCCCGUGACGGCCUGGAUGACCAGGGCCUGACCAAGGACUUUGCCAAUUCUCCACURCAUCGCUUUAAGAAACCYGGAUCCAAAAACUUUCAGAACAUCUUCCCGCCCUCUGCCACCCUCCACCUCUCCAACAUCCCGUAAGUACCACAGCAGUCAGCACAGAAUCAGUCAGAUCUGUAGAGAGGUGGCUGGAGGAGYCYAUGCCUCAAUUCUCCCUCAUAACACACAGAGGUGGAGGGUGUUGUUAAUAUAGGUCCACUAGGGAACUACAGUAUUUUUGAAUUGCACAAUGGCAAAAUAGAGGAAUAAAGGAACAGAGGAAAAGAUCUGGCUCUCUUCAAAGAGCUGUAAUUCCCWUCACUACUCCAUAUCCUUCUGGAAAGCCCUGCAGGCUCCUUGUACACAGGAAUGUGAUGAAACAACACCAGACAAAGCAUUUGACAAUAGUGGCUUAGUUUUUGUUUGUAAUGAAAAAUGGAUUUUGGAGAGAAAACCUGUUUAAACAUAGCAAAACAUGAAUGGCACUCAGUAAAAAGCACAUCCCUCGGCCAACCAAAUGAAAUU